CACUUCCUGUUGACUCAGUUCUAAAAUAACGUGUGAUCAUCGGUGUGUUUAUGGUGAUACCAUCAGGGUAUAGCAACAAUAUACUGCUUUUAACUCAUACAAUAAGUUAUAUGAGAUAUUGACUGGAAGAUUCAAGGGAAUUCAUUAUCUGUACGUUUGGAAAGCAACUUCUACAGACCUCCAGCUAUGAAACUAUUUUGCUUACAACUUCUUUUUAAAAAUGGUGAUGGAAAAGUCAACCCACUCAGCGCUAGUCAUGAACUCAGUUCCUUUGGGUAUUUUCAAAGAUCCAGUGUCAAAGAAUUCAUGGACUUUACCAGUAAAAUUAUCACAGAAAGAACUAUGAUUGCAACUCGGGCAUCAGUGAAAGAACAAGACUACAUAUGCCAUGUGUAUGUACGAUCAGAUGGACUAUCUGGAGUGGUGAUUGGGGACCAUGAGUAUCCAAAGAGGGUAGCCCACACCCUACUUAAUAAGAUAUUGGACACAUUUGAGAGUCAAGUACCAAAUAAGUCAGAAUGGAGUAAGCCAAAUCCAGGAUUAAAUCUACCUUACCUGAGUGAACAUUUAGCCAAAUAUCAGGAUCCAAAACAAGCUGAUGCCAUGACAAAGAUACAACACGAGUUGGAUGAGACAAAAAUUAUUCUGCAUAAUACGAUAGAAGCACUGCUGGAGCGUGAUGAGAAAUUGGAUGCUUUGGUGGACAGGUCGGCUGAUCUUAGCGUCCAAUCCAAAGCCUUUUAUAAAACUGCCAGAAAAACUAAUUCAUGCUGUGUGAUAUUAUGAAGACAAGUUACUGCCCCUAAAGAACAGCCCUGCUAUUCCGAUGGACCAAGUUGUGUGGAACACAUGGUAUCGCAUGUGUAUUACGUGAUAUGGCAUGUGGGUCACAUGACGCCAUGUAUACGCCAUGUUGUGAUAAGGAGAGACCAGAUGACUGAGAUUUCUGGCUGUGGAUGAUGUACACCUGACAAUGUAUAUGUGAUGUAAAGCUGUGAAGUCAGUCACUUGUGAACUUCCUGAGUGUAUGUUACCCGAUCACCUGUAUCUUUAAACAUUGUACCACUCCAUUGUAUCAGUGAUCCGGAUCCUGAACCCUAAACCUUCUACCCGUACUACCCUCAUCACUCAUUAAUGAUCCCGACUCAUCAAAAAAUAUUAUAAUUAAUCAUCCCAAACCAAAAUAAAUUUCUAUAAUACUGCUCAACAUUAAACAAGAGAACUGGACAUAAUGAUGGCUUUCCCAGUAUUAAUCAUACAGAAAGAAUGAAAGUAUUUUUGUGAGAUUGAGAGGAUGAAACAUUUGGGCAUGACAGACACGAUCACAGAACUUUCUGAGUAUACUACUGAGCACUGUAUUUAAAUUGCAAAGUAGGAAAGAUGUGUUCAGUGUGUUAAUGGUAUGUAAUCGUCACUUUUAUAUCUACUACAUGUACCAUGAUUGACAUACAAGUUGUAUGAUAAUUAUAUUGUCACAUGGAGGAAAAUAUAUUGUUAAAGUGGGAGGUGGGCUUAUUCUUGAAUAUGGGCCUAUGUUAAGAAAAUGCGAAAAAUAGGCGAGGGGGGCUUACUCCCGAGCAUGAGCUUACACCUGGUAAACUAUGGUAGGCACAAAAUGUAUGAUAACUGAUUUGCAGACUUAGCUUAGUAUGAUAACUGAUUUGCAGACUUUCAGUUGAUGCGAGGGAGUAUGCUUUUGACUCCCCAGAAUUAAUUUUGACUUAUUUUUGUAAGGGCAUGUUAUUUGUUAUAUGUUCUGGCCUUUCAGAUUUGUGAUUUGACCUCUGAAAAUGCUAAAUGGUAAGGGUCAACUGAAUGCAAUGGGUGUGUGUAAAUCAUAACAAAUGUUAACCUUUUUGAUAUUUUUAUGUCAAAAGUUACCUAUGCUUGGAAGACAUUACUAGGUAUAUAUUUUUCUUAUAUUUUUGCUUUAAAACUGUUUUGUAAGAACAAUGGCUUAAAUGGAUGACAAAUCUGCAGAAAGUAACAUUUUACAGAAAACUCAUCUAUUUUUGUUAACUUUUCUUUUGGAUAAAAAAUGGAAUUACACUUGAAUGUCUAGUUUUCUAGUAAUUUAUAUAAUUAACAUGCUUUUAUGAAUUUAUUUUAUACUAGACAGACCUUCAUUGUUUUGUGGACGACAUGCGUAAUUGUUGAUAAGGGAAAAUUUAAAAAUAUUGUACCAGAAACAAUAUUACUGGCAUAUAUUUGCAGAUCAGGCCCUAGAAACAACAGUAUGUUUUUGUCACUGAGAUUUUAGUCCAGUCCAACUAGAGAUUGGGGUUAGUUAAUUUUAAGUGCAAGUUCCAUCCUAUACACUCUUAAAGUAUGAAAAAAUAUAAUUAAGGCAAAUUUGAACGCUUGACAAAAUCCUUAAUCUAAGUUAUUAUACCAGUUUUGUUUAUAAAUGUGUUCUAAAAUAAUCUUUCCUGAUUAUUCUUGAAAAUUAUUAAGAUUUUCUGACAAAUGGUUUCAUAUUUGCAUAACAUCUCUGGUAAAACAUGUAUAAACAUGUAAAAAUCAUGUACAGUAUACGGAUUGUACACUGGCUGAGGUAAAACUUUCAGAAUACACAAUCUGCACUGAGAGCAUUUGUGAAGUAUAUACUCUUAGACUAGCACUUUGAUAUGAAAUUUCAGGAUUUAGUAAAGAGGAUAAAAACAAGAAACAAAGCAAACUUGAUAACAAUUUUAAAAGAAAAAUUUGUAUCCGCCCGUCAAAUUUGACAGGAGUAUUAUGGUAUGGCAUUGUGUGUCUGGCAUAAACUUCUGUUCAUCUGAAGAUUUUCUCCCACAUUUUUUUACCAAUCUCUUUGACAUUUUGUAUGCAUUAUAAUCACGAUAUGUAAUUGUGUUUCCUGGAGAAGUAAUUUUGAUGAUACUAUUUUUGUAAAAGUUAUUGCCCUUUGUUUAUUUCUAGUACAUGUACUAGAAUCUUGUUUAGAGAUAGCUUCUUACAGUUUUCUACCAAUUUCUUGGAAACUUGAUAGGCUUUAUAAUGAUGAUAUUAACUUAUGUUUAAUGAGUUUGAGAUUACCCUCUAAUUAUUUGUACUCCUCAAACUGUCAUAAAAUUUUAAAAAUUUGGCUUGCAGCGAAAGAUAAUGGUUCUUGCAUGCCAUCUAACCACUCAUAAAGAUGAUAAAAAUCUUAUUUCAAUACAUUAUAACAUAUAACACUAUAUAGCAUUUGACAGGUACUCCACAGUACUCUUGUUUUAAACUUAUGAAAUGAAGGAUACAGAACUGUUUAUUUGUCAUCCUGUUAAUUAGUAUAGUUUCAUUCAAACUUAAGUCUAAAGAUUUUGAGAAAGAAAAGCCGUGAAAUGUCAUGUCAUUUAUUUAUGAACAAGACUCAAACACAGGCUGAAGUUAUACGACUAUUUAUUAUACUAAUACAUUGGGCUAAGGGGCUAUAACAGCUGUGGUGCUUAACUCUCUCUAGUAGAUGACCUGGCCAACAUAAUUUAUAAGAGAUACACUAAAACCGAAAUUAAGCUAGCGUGACUGUUAUGGUAGCUAAGUGAAAAGCUGUUCCUGUUGGCCAGGCCAUGUAAGUGAAUCGAGUCAACUUAUUAGUAGAGAUAAACGAAUUCUUGGGGGACUUACGAAUUACAAAUGAUGUAAAAUGCCCAAAUUGAAGAUGUACCACAGCUGAAAUACAGUAUUAAGAUUUUGAGAAAGAAAAGCCGUGAAAUGUCAUGUCAUUUAUUAACUUUGGUUGUAUCUUACCAUCAUAUCAGGAAGUUCUCCUGUAUUCAUGGUAAGGCUUUCUUAUCUAACAACAGAUCUUGUUCAUACAGUAUGUAUAUGCUUCGUUAUUAGUUUGAUUUUAGUAGAAUUCGUGUACAGACUGACAUGAUUGAUUAUGAAAUAGAUGAUAAGUAUUGAAUCAAACAGGGAGACUUCAUGCAUGCAUAGAAUUUAACUAUUUGUGGAGUCCUCCUGUAGGGUAUAUACAUGUAUUUUACACGAAUGAAAUAGCCAUAUUAUGUCAUAAAUAUAUUUUAGCUUUUAAAAAUAUUUUGGUUGGUCAAACUGUAAUGAAAAAUCAUUGAAAUAUCAUGUGAUUGCAGAUUUCUAUUUAUUUAGAUUAUUUUGUAUUGAAGAUUUGAGCAGGGUAAUUGGUGGACUAAGUCAAAUAUGUUAUAGUUUCUUUUUUGUUGUUCUGGAAAAGUUCUGCAACUUCAAGAAAGUUACACCAUCAAAUAUUAUAUUACAUCUUAUAUAAUUAUGUUACAUAAUUAUUUGAUAUUAUCAUGACAAUCUCAAUAAAAUGUCUGUGAAACUGUCGAGAGAUUUAAUGUAUAAGUUGCUUUCCGUAAAUGUAUAUAUCUCUAAGGUUGGAUAGGAAAGGUAUAUGUAAUAUUUGGUGUAUUUGCUUUUUCAACGAUUCAUCACAGUCAUUAGGUAUAUUUAUGAUAGGACCAGUAUUGAAUUUCAUGCUGAUGACAGUAUUGCCACUUCAUACCGAUAUGUGAAAGAAAGCUCCAUAUGUAUCAAGUGCAGAAUUUUAAUUUAUCCACCAACAUUUAUAAGGCUCUUAGAUCCAGUAUAAUGAAUUUUACACAAAGAAAUGAGCCCAUAGGUUUUGGAAAUAUUCACAUAAAGUUAGUGCUAUGCUUGGAAGACAACCAUACCCUUCAUAUUAGCAUAGGUGAUACAUUUUUGGGAAAUAUUCUAUAACUGCAUUGAAAAUCAAGUGAUUAUUGUGGAUGUUUAGGUAGGUUGUGUCAAGGGUGCUACAAAUGUGGAAUGAUUUACUGCAACUAGUGCUGAAAUAUAGGCUCAGGUAUUUUGUUGUGGCCUAGUGGAUGUGAACUUGUGUAUCAGUUCAUAUUUCCUAAGUUUUUAAAAGUAGCUACUUUAAAAAUGUUUUUGUGGUGCUCAAAUUUUGUGGCUUUCCAAAAAAUAAAUGUAUACUCUGUUGUGGACACUAGGCUUCAUGGAUAAAUGUAUACAAUAGUACCUACAAAAUUAACUAAUAAAAAAUCAUGUUAAAUUUCAAUCGAAUUAUAGAAUUGUGGACAUUUCAGUUUAAGAGUGCUAAUUAUAAUGAUCUACAAAAAUAAAGGCCCGCAAUAUGUUAUUAUUAUUACAGUAAACUUUUCAGAUUAGUUUUUUUAAGAAUGUGCAUUACGUAAAAUAUAUGAUUGCAUAACACUUUAUGGGGCACAGUUUUAUAAUUCUGUUAUUGCAGUCAUUUUCUUUAUCAGUAAAUUAUUUAAGUUUCACACUUUCAUGAUGAAUUUCACUACACAUUUUUGAAGUUUUAUGUAAUAAUUUAUUCUGUGUUUAGUUAUUUUCUGUUUUGUUACGUUAUGACAAUAUUCUUCACUUUGUCAAUCAGUAGUGUUUUAUAAGGCACGAUCAACAUCCAUUUGAUGUGAAUUUAAUACACACAGGUCCUGUCUCAAACUGAUCAUGGAUUCAUCAUUUCAGAUAUUGUAUCAUUAUGUGAGUGUAAUUUGUGUACAUGAAAACAGAGUCUUUUAUCAAUUUGAAUGCAUAUUAUGUAUUUAUUUUGAAGCCAAAGAGUUGUCUUUGUUUCUCUUGCUUCGUACAUAUAAUGUAUGUAAAUACAUGUUGAUAUAUACUGGAUUAUCAUAAUAUUGUAUUUUAAAAUUGCUUCCUUUGGACGAGCCAUGAUGUAAGACUCUUUUGAAAAAAAUAAUUCACCAGUUCAUCAAAACUUUUUUGUUUUGUUUUUGAAAACUAUAGUAAUUUCUUAUGGAUUUUUAACAGAUACUGUGUUAGAGUAAAUUGUUUACCAUUUUCUAGCAAUUAGAUAAUGAAUUGUAAGGCUUAAUGACCAAAACUUGUAUGCUUUUCAUUUUCUGAGAGUAAGAGUGAUUAAUUUAAUAAGAAUAAGAUAUUUUCCUGUCAAAAUGGCUGAUUUAGACUAAAGCUGUCUUUUUGACACUAAUUUAUUGGUACGUUAUUUUUCUAUAUGAAACAGCCUCAUUGUAAAGUAGGUACUAUGAGAUUAUAGAUAAUUCAAAGUCAUGGCUAUGAUGGUGCGUGUGUUUAUUUAGUGGUGUAUGGGGUCAGCUGUGUGAGUGAGAGAGGACAGAACAUCUUUACCAUGUUGUGUUGUAACAACCAGUAAAAAGAAAAAUGAAAAGUG